AUGCUAAAUGGAUCCAACUUUUCUGAAUGGAAAGAACACUUGUUGCUUGUGCUCGCUCUCAUGGAUCUUGAUCUUUCCCUCACGAAAGAGCGUCCAAGCUCUCCUAAAGAACUCCGUCGUUGGGACCGCUCUAACCGAGUGAGUAUAAUGAUAAUGAGAAUCCGGAUUCCGCAAGAAUUCAGGGGCAGUGUACUGGAGGAUGUUACAACCGCAAAAGAAUUCCUUAACGGGCUGGAGAAUUUCUAUGCGAAAAAUGAAAAGGCAGAGAGAAUUAUGUUGCAAGCCGAGUUUUUCUCGAUGAGUUAUAGAGAGUAUGAGAAUGUAAGAGAGUUUAUCAUGAGGAUGAAAACCGUCGUGGCUAAGUUAAAGAAAGUGGGCAUUAAUGACUAUCAGGAUGACAAGAUUGUAGCGCACUUUGCAAUCAAAAUGCUGCCUUUGCGGUAUGCUCGGCUUAAGAACGUUUACAGGCGUCUUGAAGAGAAAUUUAAUAAUGAAAAUGGUUAUUUGUGCUUCGGAGACAUAUGGUCUACUAGUGAACUCAUCAGUCGCUGCGACAUGGAAGAGGAAUGGGAGGCGUGA